ACACCGCAUCCUCUUCCUCGAUCCCGUUAUUGUUCCGCAGAGAGCGAGCGACGGGGAGCAAGAUCGCGUCGUUAGGGUUAGGGUUUUCAUCGUCUCCAAACUCCUCACUCGCUUCGCUUCGCGCGUUUCGUCCUACUCGUCCUGAUUCGAUUCAGGGUUUACCCUCUCAAACCCGAGCCGCCGCCCUCUCUGCGUCCGUUUCAUGCAUGGCUUCGGGCCCCGCUGCCGCUGCCGCCGCCGCCGACGACGGCGAUGGCAUCAGUGAGACCCGACGGACGCCGGAGUUAAAGGUAUACAGCCGCAGGCGUCGCGGUAAGAACCCCCCUGCGGCCGACGCCCAGAACCCCCAGCCCUCCUCCCGGGAAACCCUAGCCACCACUACCACCACCGGCGACGUUGACUCCUCCCUUCAGCAACCGCCUCCGCCGCCCCCUUCUCCGCCGGAGCGUCACCAGUUCCAACGCUCGGCCUCUUCGGGCAACGAGGCCUCGAGCCUGAACCGCCACGAGCCGGAGGCCACGCCCGACCCCAAGGGCUCUGCUCCCCACCAGCAGAACGGCCACGUUGCGGUUGAGGACGCCAAGCGGUCGCAAGGGGAGGCCCGUGACCUACGCCGGAUGCUCACCGCCCAGCUGGAUCAGGUGAGGGACCUCCUCAAGAGGCUUGAGACCCGUGAGCACCAGCUCUCCGCCAUCCCCUCUGCUGGCGGCGGAGGCAGCGGCGUCGGUGCUGCUCCUUCUCAACUCUCGGUAAAUCAUGUCAACACUCCGGUGGCGAGUAAGAGAGAAUCGGUGUUUUCCGAGGCCAUUUCUGCCACCCCUGCCCCAUUACGUCCCCAGCUCAACAUCUUGGUGCCACCUGGUGUCGGUUCCAGGAACAGCCUUGGUACUUCCACGAUAGAAAGGGAGAAGAGAACGCCCAAGGCGAAUCAGUACUUCCGUAGCUCGGAUUUCAUUCUGGGGAAGGAGAAGUUUCCUCCUUCAGUAUCUCAGAAGAAGUCCAAGUCCAGCAAAAGCAGGAAGCACUCGACCGUGGAAUCAGAUUAUAGGGCAUCAGCCAACAAGAAAAUUUAUGCGAAUGCCUUCAGGAGCUGCCGAACACUGCUCGAUAAGCUCAUGAAGCACAAUUUUGGAUGGGUAUUCAAUAAGCCAGUGGACGUCGAGGGUCUCGGUCUCUAUGAUUACUUCUCCAUCAUAAAGCACCCAAUGGACCUUGGCACCGUGCAAUCCCGCGUUGCCAGUAAUUUCUACGAGUCUCCCUUGGAAUUUGCAGCAGAUAUUAGACGUACAUUCCAGAACGCCAUGUUGUACAAUCCCAAGGGGCAGGAUGUGCACGUUAUGGCUGAGCAGCUCCUCAACGUCUUUGAGGAGAGAUGGUCACUGAUCGAGACAGAGUUCACUGAGCAUUUGCAUCAGCUACAUUUGUUCAGUAUGAGAAACCCCCCCUCUUUGGAUAUGAGAACUCUUGAGAUGUCGAGCUCCACUGUGCAACCCAUGGAGAUCGAUAUGAGGCCUGUGGUGCAACCCAUGGAGAUUGAUAUGAGGCCCGAACAAAACCAGACCCAGCAUUUUGGCCGGCCUACAGCUCUGAAGAAACCCAAGGCUAAUGACAUAAACAAGCGGGACAUGACAUUCCGGGAGAAGCAGACAUUGAGACGUCAUUUGGAGAGCCUGCCACCAGAGAAGCUGGAAACUGUUGUACAAAUUAUUAAGAAGAGGAACUCUGUUUUGAACCUACAUGAUGACGAGAUUGAGGUGGACAUAGAUUGUGUAGAUGCAGAAACACUUUGGGAGCUUGAUAGAUUUGUAACUAACUAUAAGAAGACUCUAAGUAAGCACAAACGGAAGGCAGAGCUUGCGAUGCUUGCUAGGGCUGAGGCAGAGCGCCACAACCGAGAAAGGUUGAAUGGAGAGGAUCCUUAUCCAGUUGUUGCUGAAGUGCCCGAGCAAGUCAAGAAUGCGGUGGAUCAGAAUAAGGUUGCUGCUCCUUUGACAGAAGCAGGAGCAAAUAAUGGAAAUGAUGAGAGUGGGUCAAGUGGUUCCAGUCGAUCCAGCAGUGACUCUGGAUCCUCUGAUUCUGAUUCUGAUACUGAAAGCUCCUCAUCAUAUGAAUCGGAUGCUGCACAUUCGCCUGGGAAUUGAACAGAUUUCACUUAGGUGUGGCAAUUUCAAUCCAAACAUGUGGUGCACCUGACCGGUCUGGCCGGAUCGAGCUAGUAGGAAAUGUUGUGGACUUGGGAUAUAAUUUACAAAAGCCCACUGAAACACAGGGUGGGGACGUUAUGCGUAUCCUUCCCGUGAGCCAAACCUGACGUGAAAAUAUCAGCACUGUCUAUUCAAAUAAGUAAUGUUCUUUAAUAAGUGAUAUGUAUGUGUAUUUCCAUGACCUUUUCACGUCAGGGUGGGGCAGGGAGAAACAGAUCUUUUUUUUUUUGUGAGAUGGGGUUAUACUAUACAUAACCCAGUCAAGGAAGAGGUGGGGUUUACGAGUGGUAGGGUGGUGGAUGUUGCCUUGCUGGAGUCCCUGUUGUCUGGUAUUGAUUUGAUCUUGGAUAUGUAUUGGUACAUUUUUAUUACAGGAACCAUGAUUAGUGAACAAAGGUGCUAUGCUAUAAAAACAGAAAAUUGAACUAAUAUGAUUUGUGAAAGAAGAAACAAAUUCCAACUCUACUUCAAGGUUUUGCCCACACACUAUUAAUACUGUCUUCCGCAUGCUACACAUAAGAUAGAUGUAAUUUUCAUGUACUCUUUUCCUACAGUUAUGACCGCU